AUGAUCAGGAUAGGUGCAAUGUCUCGACUGGUUCCUCCCGUUAUCGUGGCCAAUCCCGAAACCCAACGCCUGAUUGAAUACAUCCACGAAACGGCAUACAGUCAAGAUGAACUCCCAGUCAAAUUUUUUGAAGCAGUUGCCACUGUGUGGAAAGAUCCUGGAGUUCAACAAGCAUUUGAACGUUCCAAUGAAUACCAGCUGAUUGACUGCGCGAAAUACUUUCUGGAUCGUGCUAUGGAAGUUGGAAAGCCAGAUUACACCCCUUGCGAACAAGAUAUUCUGCGCUGUCGAGUUCUUACCUCGGGGAUUUUCGAGACACGGUUCUGCGUGGACAAAGUUCAGUUUCACAUGUUUGACGUGGGCGGUNAUGUGACAGCGAUCAUUUUUGUCACCGCUUGUUCCUCCUACAAUAUGGUUCUGCGUGAAGAUCCCAGUCAGAAUCGGUUACGAGAGUCUCUCGAACUGUUCAAGUCUAUUUGGUGCAAUCGUACCUGCUAUUUGCCUUUUGCAAUCAAAACAUUGAAUCUUGAAGAACCGUUGGAAUAA